AUGGAGCCCUUGCUGGGGCCUCUGGCUUCCUUGGUCAACCCACUCUCAGUCUCUUUUCCGAUGUGGUUGGCCUGCGUCGCGAUGAAGGAGAUUGGCUUACAAGCAGCUGACCUUGGCGUGACCUGGGCAUGCCGUUUUCUGAAGGAGCUGCCAAGUCGAACUGGUCAAAGAGUACUGUACAAGAACCAGUUGGAUCACAAGGAUAUGAUGUUCCUCUCCAUAAAUUCUGUCAUCGAGGCUGUUUUCAGCUGCCACAUCCUCAAGAUGAUGUGGACUUCACCUUUGGUUGUUCGCAGCUGGAGCUCCUUCACCAUUUUGACUGGACCUCUGGCCUUACUGUUGAUCGUUCUUCUCAAUGACAUGCUUUAUGCUCCAGCCCAUCGCUUGCUACAUCAUCCAUCCGUGUACCCCUACAUUCACAAGCACCAUCAUCGAUCAGUGUAUCCCACACGCGGCAACAUCGAUGCUCGCAACGAGCACCCAGUGGAGCAGCUGAUUGCAAUGGCUUUAUGGAUGACAGCAGUGCACAUCUCCGCCUACACGGUGGGUUUGCACGCUGCGGCGUUGGGUACCCAUCUUGCCCUCAUGACCACCGGCGCGUCUCUAAACCAUGCGGGAUAUGACUUCGAAAUCCGCUUUCUAGGUGUAGACUGGUAUUCCACUGGCGCGCAUGAGAUGCAUCACCGUCGACCCGACAAAAAUUUUGGACAGUUCACGAUGCUUUGGGACAAACUCAUGGGAACGUAUAUUCCCUACUUGCACGACGAGGGGGCGGAACCAAAGAAAAGCGAGCAGGAACAGAAGUGUGAUUAG